GUCACUACCUGUUUUGUGAGCUUUUCAUUAAGAGUCAUUGUCAAAAAUUAAAAGAGCUGUUUCGAAGAAGCAAACUUUUACGAGAGUCAUGGUUUGUGAAUUCACCUGCCAAAGACAGACUACCACUUUCCUUGACAUCAAAACAGAACCAAAUUUAUACACACUUCAGACUUUGCUCAUGGCUUCUUGGUUCAAUAAAAAAAGACGGGAAUUAAAUAGUUUCCUUGUUGUACUCCCAAGGGAAUCCCGCUAAGUUAAAGCACAUUUUAAUCUCUUGAGCCGGCAGCUUUAUUAGUAAGCGUUCCCCAAUCUUCGGGGAAAUCUAAUUUCACAAAUAGAUCAGAGUCACUUCAAACGCAGCUUUCAGUUGCCAUCCACCGGGGGACAAACGGGGAGGAGGAAGUUUGUCAGAAAAGACCCUCUCUGAGCCCAAGAGUGAUUACUAGAGGUGUCUCCAUCGACUGCCACCCACCUAAAGUCGAUAGUACUCAGAUGAGUACGCCGGUGUGGACUAUAUAAGAGAAGCGCAUGGCCCUGAAGGGCGCAUCCCCCAUCUCCGGGCGCAGCACCGAGCGCCCCACUCCGCGCCCGGCGGAGCCUCCGCGGGCACUCGGGCUCUGCACCGGCGGCACCGCAGCUCGCUCCGCAGCCCGCACACACCCGGCUGCGCUCGCCUCUGCCUGAAGCGCCGCAGAGAUGCGAGGGGCGAAGAAGCGGCAGGCGCUGCCCGCCAUCGUGCUCCUGCUGCUCGCCUCGGCCCCGCCGCCGCCGGGCGCCGAGGGCAGGGACGUGCCCGCCGCUGGAGCCGAGCGGGGGGCGCUCCUCGACAUCCUCCUGCAAGCCCUGGGCGACGAGGGCCGCCCGCUGCCGCCCCGCCCGCCGCGCAGGGAGCGGGUGAUCUCCCGGCGCUACAGCGGCGGCGGUGCCCCUCCGACAGAGCCCCGCGCCGCCGCCGCCGCCGCCGCCGCCCCGCCGCCCCCGCGGCUCCUCGCCGCCGCCCGGCACGGAGAAAUUUUUCCAAGAGAUUCCAGUCUAAAAGACAAGUUCAUAAAACAUUUUACAGGGCCAGUCACAUUUUCCUCAGAGUGUAGCAAGCACUUUCAUCGACUGUAUCACAACACAAGGGACUGCUCAACACCAACCUACUUUCUACCAAGGAGAGAAUUCUGAUUUGCCAAGAAAGUGCCUUGAAAUCUUCAAAAAUGGAGAAGACAUCUUUUAUCUUUUUGAUUUACAAUGUUUUGUUACUAGAUGCAUUUUAUUUUCAUAUAUUUGUCCGACAUUCCAUAUUUGUGUGAAACAUUAUUUUAUUUUGUAAAUUUGUUGCCUAUAGUUCAGACAAGCCAAUUAUUUAAAUACAUUGUAUAUGAAGAAUACUAAUGAUGUACUGAUUAAAUGUUAUAACCGUAUGCAGGGAGUUGGUAAAAUUUUGCUGUUUCUCUUGUUCCGUUGUAUUGACAUCGUUCUGCUCAGGCUCUUACUCUCAUUAUUUGCACUAACUUGAAAUGCAGAAGUCUGUGUAACUGAGAUCUGAAUAAGCUGUAAGUGGGGAAGUUUUACUUGCCAUGGAAGAUAUUUUAUAUUAUGAAGCUUUGUUAAUAUAUACAUAUAUAUUAUUGUGCAUCAGAAAAAAAUAUGCUCAGAAAUGCACCUUGCUUUCAGGAACAUUUGUAUGACUAUUCUGGAUUUUCAUCAGUUACAUUUGUACUGGCACUUAUGGAAAGAGUUGCAAAUAAUGUAAAUAUAAAGACUGGAAAACUGCAAUGCAGUUUUGGUGGAAUAAAGAACAUAAAAAUAAACUAU